AUGAAGCUACUUUCCUUUCUCUUCUUGCUCGGCGUCGCCACUCUCGCCACAGCUGGAGCCUGCAACAGUGGUAUCAAUGCAAUCGCCGUCCCUCUACUAAAGGGAUAUCCCCCUGCGCAGUCCUUCUGUAGCGCAAAAUACCCUCAGCCAGUCGUAUCCGUUACAUUCAAGGAUAAACGGGGAUAUAUUCGAACAUCUUCCACAACGACAACCACAAGACACUCCUCCUCGACUACCACGACGACAACAAGACUCCCAUCAACUACGCCCACCACUUCAAGAAGUGCGACGACGACUCAGGACGCCAAGGCAUCGCAAUGGUCUGUCUUGGUGUCCGAGGCUGGAGCAGCUUUAUCGACCUUCUGCUCCUGUAUCGAAACUCCCAGCACCAAAACUGUUACUCCCAUGACGACGACAACAACAACAACCACUACUACCACAAGCACGAUUCCGACAACGACGACUUCAACGCUUGCCUGCGUCCCACAGGGGGGCGUCUGCAAUGGAAACAACGAAUGUUGUCAGACUCCAAUGCAGUUCUGCUUCGGGGCAUCCAUUGGUGCUGUAUACACGUGCAACACUCCGGAACCCACGUCAUUGAAAAAGAGAGAUGUACCUGCUACAAGCAUGAUUCGGGGGAGAAAAUAUGGUUAA